UGUAGCUAGAAGCAUAGAACGAUAGAAGUCUGUGGGUCGUCACAAAUGACGAAAUACGAAGGAAUAAGGAUUAUUGAAUGCUGAUCACGCUGGUCUUAUCUAUCUCAUUGAAAAAAAUCGAUUUUUGCAUUGUGUUUAUAUUAUUUAUUAUUCAUCAGAAAUCUUAAUUAAUCUUAAAUCGUCACAAAAAUUAAAGGUUUGCUCUUUAUAAACCAGCAGACACAAGCUAUCGCCUGCGUGUGCGUGUUGUCAGGGUAACACCCGUAAAGUCGCUUUUAGUGAUCAAAGCGCCGUCUAGCGGCCGUCUCUGAAUACCAACAAGCUUUGCAUUAGAGUCCAAUCGGUGGUCUGGCCGGGAUAAAUAUGGGUCAAACGCACGUUCUACAAAAAGUUCCGGAUAAAAAGUGAAUGACUUAUAUAAUAAUUAUACAUAUACCAAACACUUAUAUAAUAAUUAAAAAAUAUACAUUUAAUGAUCGAUAUUUUUGUAUUACUAUUAAAGUACUCAAGUGUGCCAUUUGUGAAUUAUAACAAUAGUCAUUUUUAUUAUCUUUGUCUUCAAGUGCAGUGAUUGUAAAAUACGUGAACUAUCAAAGGUAGUAACAAAAUUCAAUGCAUCAACAUAUUACGCGUAAUAUCUAUCCUGAGGAUAACAACUGCGAUAGAACACUAAGAAUUAAUAUAUUUUGUGACGAUGAAAUGAGUCCGAAGAUAGAACUAAUGUUGAUAUUAUGAGUGAACUUCAAGCAACUGUAGAAUUUUCUGUCGAGUACUGCAAGUUUUAUAACAUAGAUCUAUUCCAAAGAGGAUUAUAUCGUAUUCGAACUGAACUCAAAGUUUCUCCUAAACUCUCUGUUCAAGUGGAAGUCAGCUUAAAAAAACAUCAACAAAGACAAGAUAAUCAAAAAUCACCCCAAUUAUACUAUGUUGAAAAUGGAGAAGACCUUGGGGUCAGUAAGACGUUUCGAAUACUAUAUCGACAUGAAGAAAUUAUGCUCGACGAUAUAAUAUUAUUUAAAGCACAUGUGCUUGUAGACAGUCAAAAACUACAGGAUAGUCUUGAAAGAGCUGGAUUUAUUUUAAAUGUCGAGUUAUGGUUUGGAGAAAAUGGCUCUAUGUGCUGCGUCUCCAGCAGAACUCUUCAACUGCAUGUCUGUCCAGCGAGAGGAUUACAUUACCACUUACCAGUAUUAUUUGACUACUUUCAUUUAUCAGCUGUAACUUUGACCAUACACGCGAGUCUAGUCGCUUUACAUCAACCCUAUAUUAAAAAAAGUAUACUGAAUUAUAUGCAAAGUUGUGCUCCUAGAACUGGUAAAACAUGGUUAACAAAUAAUACAAAUCGAUUUAAUUUUCGGCCAUCACAUUCCAUAGAAUCGGUAUUUUUUGGCAACGCGAAUGGCCAAAACGGGACCACUAAAUGUGUCGGAAGCUCAGGGAACAGUAACAAUAACAAUCAUGUCAGUCGUAUGCUCAAUGCUCGACUUAUUCAUCGUGAAGUUUGUUCAUUGUUAUCGGAAGCUUUCGACAAUCUUCAUUCCACAAUUGCUCAAUAUAAUAGAAUAAUGCCAGUAUGGCAACAAGUUGAAACACCUGCCGGCCUUAAAACUGCUGUUACAAUUCCUCAGACAAACAAAAUCCUAGAUGAAGAUGAAUUUCUAGCCUUAGCAAAUAGUAGUAUAGCUCAGUUAUGUGCUCAAAACAUAUUGCUAUGGCAUCAUUUUUUAGAUAAUUUUACAAAAAAACAAGCCAUAAAUCAGCAUCUUUCCAAAAAACACCAUCAACUUCGCGUAAGGAGAUUUUCCGAAGCAUUUUUCGUAUUAGAAAAUCCAAGACAAAGUGCAGCAGGCUGUUAUGAUGACCAUAAUAAUUAUCAACACUAUAGAUCAGUAUCAGAAGCAGCUAGAAGAUCUAGAUACUUGGCUUCAUUACCACCUUUACCAGUUCAUUGCUCAGCAACGGAUGGCGAUCCAAUUACUUUACCUGUAAUUUUUGAGGAUCAGUACACAAAACCUGGAAGUAAUACUAGAAGAUCGGAUGGUGAAUCUUUUAUUAACUCUUGUGGCAUUCCGCUAAAUACACUACGACAAACACUUCUACUUAACCAAGAUUGUAGUUGUGGGAUCGCAGCUAUAUUAGAAUCUAGAAGAUGCAGUCAAAUGGCAUCAACUGGAAAAUUACUUAAAAUCAAAGGUACGGAUACUGAUCAAAAACCAGAGAAUCAGAGUAUUAAGACUAGACACAGCAAAUCGUUAGACCAGUUGUUAAGAUCGACUGUAAUGGAUACACCUAUGUUAUCAUUACCACUUAGUUUUUCUAGAACUUUCGAAAAAAAUAAUAAUGGCAAUCCUACUGAAAGAUCAACAAUACCUAAGCACUCAAAAUAUAAACAAUUAGAUCUUAUUCAAAAUACUAAAGUUAUGACACUACCUCGCCGUCAAAAAGAUAAUAUCAAACCUCCCGAAUUUCGAAUACAGCCAAAUGGUUAUGCCUCUUUACCAAUACGGAGAAAUGAUAGACGAUUUUAUCGACCUAUACGUAUGACAGAAAAAAUAAAGCCAAUAGCUGUAAAUAAGACUAGAUCACCAUCGUCGGGCGAGGAAUCUCCUAUUUCAAAAUUGGGGACUAGUGUUAGUGUUCCACUUCAGUUAGAGGCACUGAACACGUCGCCAAUAAUGGUUAAAUAUUCAAACAGUACGACUUCAAUACCAGAUUUAGUAAAUGAUAAAUUAAUUUCGACCGUAGCUAAUAGUAGUGAGUCAAUGCCAGACUUACCGUCAACAGCAGUGACACGAUUUUCAUCGGUUUCUGAUAGUGAAAUCACUUCAGAACAAAGUGGAUGGGUCUCUAGUCGUCGGUCUUCGAUAUCUUCAUUUUCUGGUCAAAUUACUCCAAAAGUGGAUGAUCCGUAUGAUACAAAACAUGAUUUGUACAUAGGAAGAGAAUUACAAAGAAGGUUGUUAAAAUUACUUGAAGAGUCACCAAACAGAAAAAUGACCUUAACUGAAAAAAAAAUAAAAUCUUCUAAAUUUAUUAAACCAUCUGGGGCUAAUAAGUUAACGACCAAUGACCAGACAUAUGAAGAAGUUCGUUUACCACCGCCCAGACAAUUUAGAGAUAUUCCUCUUCCACCUGAACCUUUUAGGGAUACGAUUCCUCCACCAGAUUCAGUCGACAAUUUAUUAUAUCAUAUGUACGAAACCGUAAAAGAAGCUAGAUGGAAUGAUCAACAUCGAUUAGCGAUGAGACAGAAAAAAUUUUCAGAAAGUUCUAAGAAACCUAUAGUCAGAACCAAGAAAAGUAGUAUGGAACCGGAGUACUACGAAGACGAAACACAGAAAGACAUAAAAGCUGACGGCCGUAUUCAUUCGUAUAACAGCGUCGAAGACAAUUCAAUGUUUCAGAAAUAUAAGGAACAAUUUAAAAAACAAAUGAGUUUUACUGGCGUUAUUUAUAGUGACGCUCAUAUAUUAGCUUCAACAUUACCAUACUUUCACAUCAGCGAAGAUUUACGCAUGUUUUCACCAGAAGGUGUUCACCUUAUAGUAUGUGUCCAUGGACUGGAUGGUAAUUCAGCUGAUUUACGUUUAGUCAAGACGUACAUAAAAUUAGGUUUGCCUGGUGCUCAUCUGGAGUUUCUCAUGUCUGAAAGAAACCAAGGUGAUACAUUUUCGGACUUUGAACGCAUGACUGAUCGUUUGGUGAAUGAGAUUCUUAGUCACAUAUCCUCGUUCCAACUACCACAUUAUCCAUCUAGGAUAAGCUUUGUUGGUCAUUCGUUAGGAACGAUCAUCAUUAGAGCAGCAAUUGCUCGACCUCAAAUGAAACAUUUACUACCAAAAAUGCAUACAUUUUUGUCACUUUCAGGUCCUCAUUUAGGAACUUUAUACAAUACUAGUGGAUUAGUGAAUAUGGGUUUAUGGUUCAUGCAAAAAGUUAAAAAAAGUGGUACUUUACUCCAGCUAUCUUUGAAAGACGCUGCAGACAUUCGACAAACGUUCCUUUAUCAACUAGCUCAAAACUGUCAUUUAAGUUAUUUUAAGCAUGUUUUAUUAUUUGGUUCAUCUCAAGAUAGAUAUGUUCCACCUCAUUCAGCAAGAAUCGAGCUCUGCAAAGCUGCUAUUAAAGAUACAUCACCUAUCGGAUUGGCAUAUCGAGAAAUGGUGAACAAUAUUUUAUGUCCAAUAAUAAACAAACUGGAUGUUACGUUUAUCCGUUACGAUGUACAUCAUGCAUUGCCUAAUACCGCAAACUCAUUGAUAGGAAGAGCAGCUCAUAUAGCAGUAUUAGAUUCAGACUUAUUCAUCGAAAAAUUUUUAGUGGUAACUGGGCUUAAAUAUUUUAGGUAGAUGUAACAAAUAUUUUGUAUAUAAUAUUAUUUCAUCGUUUUUUGGUCUUGCAAACUGAUUUGUGACGCAAGCACUCGCAGUAUUAUUAUUGCAACUGGCUUACAAUUAUCAAGUCGUUUAUAUUAUUAACUACUAAGUUUUAAUAAUUUUUAUGAAUUUGCCAAGAUGAUGCCAAAGUCCAACAAAAUAUUUAUAAAAAUAAAAUAAUAAUAAUAAUGAGCAAAGAAACGUAUUUGACAUUUUUUUAAGUAAUAUAGUUACAUACAUUAUCAGGGUUUAUAUUAAUACCUGUAUAGGCUAUACACAUUUAUUAUACAGUAGAACCUCAUUAAUCCGGACUAAUUGGGGCUCUAGGUUGUCCGAAUUAAUGAAAGUCCAGAUUAAACAAAAUAACCAAAAAUUAUAAAUCUAUAAAUCUUUUAUUGCAUAUUUUACUGGAUAACUUAAAUGACAAUUGGUAUUGAUAAAUAUGUUAUCGCAAUAACCCGAAAUUAUAGGAAACUUGUAGAACUCGUUUUCAUGUUUAUUUUAAUCUACGGUGAAAACUAGUGUAAUUUUCCUACGACCGGUUUAUUUACGUAUUUUAAAGGCUGUCCGGAUUAAGCGAAGUCCGGACUAAUGAGGUCCGGAAUAUAGAGGUUUUACUGUAUUAUAAUAUUAUAAUUAAAACAUUUGUAUUUUGACUUUCAACUAAAUUAAUUAAUUAAAUUUCAAUUUAACAUAGUUUAUAACAAAAAAGGUCUUUGAAUUAUAUUGUCUUUGUAAAGUAAGUAACUAGUAUUCAUUGAUAAUAUACAACAAAUUAAAUACAAACUAAUAAAUUUUAAUUUUAAGUCAAAAUGUAUUACAAAAAUAUUUGAACAUCUUUCAGUUGACUCCACUGAGUCAUCCAAUGCAAUGCAAAUUGUUGGUAAAUUCAUAAUAUAUGCUUUUAAUUAUUAUAUUCAAGUGUUUUAAAGUAUAAAGAUAAUCUCAAUAUCCGACCAAAAAUGCACUUAAUUGAUAUGAACAAAAUAUAAUAUAAUUUAAAUUGCUAUUUAAUACAUAUAAAUAUUCAAAAUAUGUUUAUACUCCAUUCCAAAAGAGAAUAAUAUACAAGGCAACAUCUGGUGGCGCGUAUCUUUCUUAUAACGACAUAGGUAGUGAAUAGUUUAUGGGUAAAAAAGGCGCAAAAUUGGUAAGUUCUCUUUUGGAAUAGAGUAUAGUAUGAAUAUUUUAAUUAUUAGUAUCUACGGGAGAAAACUAUAUUAUUCCAUUUUUAUUACAUUAAAUCUUAUAAUAUGUUAAUGCUCAAACUUACAUCAUUAUUAUUAAAAUAAAUAAAAUGUUCAUUAAUUAUUAAAACGAUAAUGUUUAAGAAGUAUAAAAACACAAGGGUCAAUUAAACUCAACAUUAAUUAAAAUAUA